AUGGCCAAUACUCAUUCGGGGAUGGUGUGGAAGAGAGAUGAUAAGACAAUUGAACUGAGAAUCCUACCUCUUGGGGCCUCAAUUACCUGGGGCACAAACUCUAAGAGUGGCAAUGGCUAUCGCAAGUACCUCCGUGACCAGCUUUGGGUUGAUGGGUGGUCGGUUGAUAUGGUGGGCACCAAGAAUCAUGGUAACAUGCAAGACAAUGCCGUUGAAGCCCAUCCCGGGGAUGUGAUCACUCAGAUUCAAACCGCUGCCCAAAAGUCUCUCCCUUAUAGACCAAACGUGGUCCUCAUCAACGCCGGAGCAAAUGAUUGCAAACUUCGGCUUGACAUCCCUAAGGCCGGUGCACGCAUGCGCGCCAUGAUUGAAGACAUCGUGCACUAUGAUGGUAUGGAGAAGACCACCAUCAUCUUGUCAACUCUCAUCCCAUCUUCCGAUCCUCAGACUGCUGUCAGUAUUCCUACAGUCAAUGCUCAAUACCGUGAGCUGGUGACCACAAUGCGAAAGGAGGGCAUGUCAAUCGUGUUGGCAGAGAUGAACCCGCCCUCGUCCGUUGUUGCACACAACUUGCUUUCAUGGCCCCGUGAUUAUACCACGAAUGGCAAAGCCGAUAUCACACAUCCAAACGAUUGCGGCUACAGAAAGAUGGCCAGAGUCUGGCUGGCGUGA